AAAAGAAUUGCAAUAUAUAUUGUUAAUUCGAAUCGAGUCCAAGUGAUAAGUGACACUUCACGUUAAAUUAUAUAUCAAACAAAUAAAUUACUUUAUUGAAACAUAAUGGCAGAUGAUAAAGAUAUAGAAUCCAAACUUACUGGAUUUUCAAAGUAUUAUAAUAGCGUUACUGUACGUGGUCGAGCAAAUGUAGCCAUGUCGACACUUGGUGCCGUGGCUGCACUAAUUUUAUACUUUACUUUAAAACCAAAGAAAGCAGCUCAAAAGUGAUUAAUAGAUCAAAUGCAAUAGUAUAAAUGAAUUAUGUAAUAAUUAUUGUAUCAUUUGCCUCUCAUUAGGAAUAAAGAAGUAUCACUUAU